CCGAAUCUAAAUUUAUAAUUUGUAUCUCACACUUAGCUUAUUUUGAAAUGUAAACUGAACUUAGUAGUUUCGUUGUCAUGGAUUUGAGCUAUCAUAUUAUAUAUAUUUCUUAUUUUUGCGUCAAUCUUAUGUUCUCAACACGUGGCUUUUAAUUUUCUAUUAUUUAAUAACAACAAAAUAACAUAAUAUAAUGAUAACAAUAACAUUUAUAAUGGUAACAACAAGAUUGAUAAUAAUUACCAAUAUUAAUAAUUAAUAAACAACCAUAAUAAUCCUUGUGAACAAAUGUACUUAAAUAAUAAUACUCCCUCUGUAUUUUUUUAUCUUUCUCACUUAGAAUCUUGACACUAUUCACAAUUAGAGAGAAUCUUUUAGAUUUUUCUCAAUAUAUAAGAAAAAAUAUAGUCAUGUGGGGUCUUGUUUGAUUCGUCUCAAUGAGUAUUUUAUUAAUAUUCAAUUAGUAUAAUUUUUACUAAUAUGUAAUGAAAGAUAUUUAAUAGUAAUAAUGAGUUUUUAAAUAUAAGCAUGAUCUGAUCUGAACUGAUUUGGUCUGAUCUAAUCUGAUCUGAACUUAUUUUUUCUGAUCUGAUCUGAUCUGAACUUAUUUUUUCUGAUCUGAUCUGAUUAGAUCUGAAAUAAGUAAAAAUAAGGUGAAUUGAACAUAGCCUAAAAAAAGUUCUACUCGCCAAAAUCCCUAUUUAUAGAACAUAGUGCAUAGCCUGGGACUUAGCAUGUACUCAUCAACCUAUCCAUUUGUUUGCAAUAAUGGCAACCUCAGAAGCCACAAACACAAAAACUCAAGAAUUAUUGGAAGAGGAGUCCAAAAAGCUAGAACAACUCACCCUCCCAAAAGAUCAAAUCAUGUGGUUUGAAUAUCCAAUGCAACUUUAUCAAGGUUUUUGGCGCCUAAAUAUGAUUUCUGAGAUGGUUCCUGCAUUCCAAACCCAAUUUCAAGCUCUUGAUACUGAUAUUAUCUUAGCCAGUCUGCCUAAAACUGGUACAACAUGGUUAAAAUCCCUCCUUUUUACUAUUGUCAAUCGCAAGAAAUUCUCUGUGUCUGUUAAUACUAGUAUUUCUCAACACCCUAUUCAUACCCAAAAUCCUCAUGAGCUCGUCCUCCACUUCGAGUUCGAAGUUUACAAAAAUAUCCACAGAAAUGAUCAACCAGACUUAACUAAAAUACCCAUUCCUCGACUUUUUGCUACUCAUAUACCAUACUCAUCGGUCCCAGAAUCGAUCAAGACUUCCCAAUGUCGAAUUGUUUAUAUUGGUCGAAACCCUUUAGACAAUUUCAUUUCAUUCUGGCAUUUUUGUCUUCAGUUUGAUGAAUGUAAGAGCAUUAAGCCAAGUAUGGAAAUGAUGGAAGAAUAUAUUGGUAUGUAUUGUAAGGGCGUAUUCCCAUUUGGCCCCUAUGAAGAUCAUUUGUUGGGGUACUGGAAAGAGAGCAUGCAAAACCCACAAAAAGUGUUAUUUUUGGAAUAUGAAGGACUUAAGAAAGAGCCUAAAAUGCAAUUGAAAAGGUUGGCUGAGUUUGUAGGUUUCCCAUUUUCGGAAGAGGAGGAGAAAGGUAAUGUAAUAGAUGAAAUAAUAGAGUUAUGUAGCCUUAAAAGUUUGAAAGAAAUGGAAGUCAAUAAGAAUGGUAAGUUUUAUCCUUGGGUUGAGAAUAAGGCUUUGUUUAGAAAAGGAGAGGUUGGUGAUUGGGCCAAUUACUUAACUCCUUCAAUGGCUAAGCAAAUUGAUGAAAUGCAAGAAAAGCUUAAGAAGGAUGGAUUUUCCUUUACAUACUAUCAAGGAAACCUAUAAUUUAAAGAUCCGAGUUAUACGUGUAUGAAAACUCUCUUAUUUGGUUUCUUCUAGUGUAAGAAAACUCUCAUUUAUGAGGGAAAUGAUUUCUUAUGAUAGUUCAUGUUAGCCGAUUUCAAUAUAUUUUGGAACUAAGGCUUUGUUGUUGCAGCCGAAAGGGUAAAUAAGUAUUAUGUUAAUUUUGAUUGUAAAAAAAAUAACAGGUGUCUAAACGUCUUAGUCCAACUUGAGAUAAGGCAACCUACUACUUUAUAAUUUUUGUUUGUAUA